CCGUUUUAAUGUCGUGGCAACUAGACCGGGUUGAGCGGACGACUGCAACAAUAGACUACGGGCGGUCCGGGCUACCUGAGUAUGAAUAGCUGAAUGUGUUGGAUACGUCCAAAAACGUAUGGGAUCGCAUCUCCGGAAGGUAAAAAAAGAAAAUAGUGGAAUUGGUGGUAAGGGUGCUGGUAAAUUGACUGAUAAAGUAAUCACUCAGCUAUCUGCGUACUACGGAUUAGCUAUCCGUCGUCAUCCUGAAUCCGUUGAAGAUAUGAAACGAGAAAUAUGGGCCACGUACUUGCAUAAAAUUUCAACUGAUAAGAAGCCUCAGCACAUGAAUUGCCCUCCUGGACCAGACAGCUGGUGCAAGUGGCAGAAAGCAGCGGCCGAAGGAACUGAGGAUGACUUUCACCAUGAAAAUCCACCUCUAACUGAUAAGGUCUGGAAUCCCAUGGGUUUGCUGUUAGGCGCAACGCAGUAAGGAUUGAACGGUCUGAGGUUCGAGCUUCAGAUGCUUCAAAAGAGGAAAGAACUGCUCGUUAUACAGAGAGAAAUGCUGAAAACAGUCAAUAUGAAGUAGAGGAAGGCCCAAUGUAUGAAGCUGGGAUGGCUGAUUAAUUAUUUAUAGAUUAGAACUACACGUCUUCACAAGAGAUAAUUGGAGAAUGAGCAUUUUGAAGUAGAGGAAGGAUUCUUAUAUGGAGCAGGAAUCGCCGAUUAAAAAUAUAUCACCAGGAGGGUUGGAAUAAUGCACGCCAGGACACCCUCUUUUUUUUUUGACCCCCCCCACUUUGACUGCUCAUAACUUUGCCA